CUGAAAAGUUGUUAAGUGAGAAAUUUGGAGUAUCAACAGUCAAAGGAAUUCUCUGUUUUCAUGUGGAUUUAGUUACAAUGUUUUCGAUCUAAGGUACAUGUUGAUGGCAAACUGAAGAGUUUCGGAUUGGCAAGAAAGAUUUCAGAAUGUUCACAAAAAGGAUACCCCAGAUUCUGACGGCUCUAGGGAUCAUGUUGACUCUUACUCCUGCUGCUGUCGUGGAGCGGACUGCUACUCCCAGAAAAGGAGUAAAGGACGACACACAUACAACCAAAAUACAAAUGCGGAUGCCUGCCACCCAUCCUGAUUCAGAUGACAGCUAUCUGUGUACGUCUGUUCAACUCCCAAGUGCUCAGAAGAAACAGUACAUCAUUCAAUACAAGCCUAGUGCUGAUGACAAGACAGUUCAUCACAUGUUGCUGUUUGGGUGCUCAAAACCUGAAAGCAUGGAGAAAAAAUGGAAUUGCCGUGGGGCUUGUACUGGUAAAAGCGUCAUUAUGUAUGCAUGGCCCAAACAUGCACCAAAUUUGAUUCUGCCUGAUGGUGUUGGAUUUGCUGUUGGAGGUGAUACAAAUGUAGACUACCUUGUUCUGCAAAUUCACUAUGCGUUCAAAUUUAAAGCCGAACAGAAAGCUGACAUAUCAGGAAUGGACAUCACAUUGACAAGUGUGGUACAGCCAUACAUCGCUGGCAUCUAUCUAUUGUACUCUGUAUACGAUAAUAUCCCACCACGCACUAACAAUUAUGACAUCCCAGUUAGCUGUCAGUUCAAAGCAGACGUUGAUGAAAUCCAUCCAUUUGCGUUCAGGCCACAUGCCCAUGAUUUAGCUACAAGUAUAACAGGCUACUUGAAGAAUGCUACCUCCACGUAUGUGAUAGGACAGGGUGACCCACAGCUACCUCAAGCAUUCUAUCCUAUUGAACAGCAAUUCACCAUCAAACCUAACGAUUAUGUUGCUGCGAUUUGUUCUUACAACUCGAUGAAUAGGAACACAGGAACAAGUAUUGGAUCUCACCACGCUGACGAGAUGUGCAACUUCUACAUGAUGUACUACACAAAGAACACACCAAAAGCAAAGUCGUACUAUCAGUGUACGGGAAACAAUUAUCCAGAAAUGAUUCAAAAUCUACCUCACGUUGAUGCUCCGUCUCAAAUAAUGAAGAAGCAGGGUAAAUAUCCCACGGUUGGUCGCAAUGAUCGUCAAGGUUACGAUAGUGAACACGAUCCAUACCAAGGUUACGAAAGUGACUAUCGGUACGCUCCGCAGCGUAAAGAUUACUCUAAUGAUUACUAUAACAACUACGACUUGUCUAACCAACGCAGUCGUGGCCGAGGGCAAUACCGUGAUUACGAUCUCCCCAACCCUGAACCCCAACAGUAUGACUCGGAUUAUGGAAACCUCUUGUCUGGUCUGGAACGAACGUAUUUCCAAAAUGGUGGCCAGGAUUUGCUUGCUGCUCGAUCGACUUUAGCACCUCCUAUUAACCCUCCACUUUCUGUCAAGUCGCACGCUAAUAAGCCUGGUGUUAGAGCUAAAUCUAGGUUGCAACCGACUAACAAGGUGAACGUUGGUGGUAGUGGUGGUGGUAAGGUGGUGGUAGAGACUAAGGCACCAGAGAAGACGAUCACACUGGAGACAACAGGUUUGCCGCCUCCUAUUAAGGUUGAGUUUGUUCAUGACUGGCCCAGUAAGGAUGCUCAGAGUAAGCUGAAACUGGGACAGGUUUCUGGAGUGACUACCGUGGGUAAUGGAGACGUCAUCAUCUUUCAACGUGGCAAGCGGGUCUGGGAUGGCACAGCUUUCAAGAGUGAUGAAACCUUAACAGAGCACAACCGCUUCCCUAUCAAGGAGAAAACGAUCAUACGAUUUAACAAGGCUGGAGAUAUCAUGGAUCAAUGGGGAGAAAACUUCUUCUACAUGCCUCACGGUAUACACAUGGACAAGAAAGGCAACCUCUGGAUUACGGAUGUCGGCAUGCACCAGGUAUUCCGAUUUGAUGCCGGCAUGAAGGUCAAGCCCUCCCUGGUUCUUGGAGAGUUCUUGAAGCCUGGCAAAGAUGACAAACAUUUCUGUAAGCCUUCCGACGUGGCUGCACUAGACAAUGGAGACUUUUUUGUCACUGAUGGAUACUGCAAUACCCGUGUCAUGAAAUUUGAUACAAACGGAAAGUUAUUGAAGAAAUGGGGAAAUCCUUCAUUGGGAAUCGAAGUCCCACCAGCCAAUGCCUUCUACAUCCCCCACAGUAUCACCCUCGUUGAGGACAAGAAGGAAGUCUGUGUGGCUGAUCGGGAAAAUGGCCGUGUCCAAUGUUUCGAUUAUGAUGGUAAAUUCCUGAGGAAGCUGAAGCCAAAGGAGAUUGGGGACAGGUUAUUUGCUAUUUCCUACAGUCCUAAAGCAGGUGGUGUUCUGUAUGCUGUCAAUGGACCUGACUUCUACAGUGACAAACAACCAGUGGCAGGGUUCACAAUGCAGUUGGAGACAGGACAGGUCCUGCAGACAUGGGAACCAUCAACAAAGACUAUUAAAUCUUUGGCCAACCCCCAUGAUGUUGCUGUGACUCGUGAUGGUGAUGCAUUGUACGUGGCUGAGAUUGGCCCUAACAAGAUAUGGAAGUUCAGGAUUAAUGAAAUAUCUAAAGGCGAGAUAUCAUACAGGAAGCUGCUGCCAAACAAAACAAAAAAGAUCAAUGAACCUGCAGCUUGGGUGUCCGGUGAUGGGAGGAAGACCGUCGAUAAUCAUGACGACUUGGCAGGCGGCGAUAUGAGCGCAUCGAUGAUCAUAGGGGCCCUACUCAUUGUCCCGAUUAUUGUUAUAAUAAUAGUCACAGUUAUUAUACGAUUACGAAAAAGUGGUAAACUACGAUUUAACAAAAAUUACAAGAAUAGAAAAAAUAAAUUAAAUCUCGGGAGUUUCUUUGGUCGGCAUAAAGGGUUUGACCAGCUGAGUCAGGAUGAUAGUGAGCACGAACUCGACCAUCCGAGCGACUCGGAGGUGGAAGAAUACACUGCUUCAACACAAAAGAAUGGUUCUAACAAUUAUAAAAAUCCAAAAGAAAAUACUCCAAGGAACAGUUAGGUGACCGCCUUGGAUACUAAAUUGUGAGUAGCGAAGAACGCAUGAUAUUGACGCUGCUAUGGCAACUACAUCUAAUUAAUCCUAUAAUGGGUUUGUUAGGUGUGAAGCAAUUGUGUGUGUCAGGUUGGCUUUUAUAACAUUGUGUAGAGAAUUCUUGAUACACUUCUCGUUAUUUUGCAAACUUUUGGAGCCACUUUUUUAACAAAAAAAUUAAAUUUGGUUACCUUACGAAGUUGAAUUUUGAACAUAUUUCCUGAAUAUGCUUUGAACAUUUUUCAAAAUGUUGUGGAUCUUACUGCCAAGUUUUGGAUCCUGGCCUUCAGUUUUGUGGGGUUAUGUUAUUGUAUUGUAUUUUUCUGGUGCUCACUGUGUGACGGAUUCACCCAUCGGUCAAAAAGUUUAUGUUUUAUUUAUUUUAAAAGUUUACAUUUUGGUUGUUUUGGGACCAAAUGUGUGCCAAGGAAAGCACUGCUUAUUGAUACUGCAGAUUGAUACUCAAUUUACCCAGAAUCUCUUCAGAACUUGAGAGUAUAAUUAUCUCUCAAUGCUUUGUAAGAUCUCGGACAUGCUUCUACAAAUAUGUACAUGCUUUGCUGGAAUGGCUUGAAAUGGGAUUUGACUUGGAAAAUAUAUUGAAAGUAUCACCUUCAAUAGGAAUAGGAUGAAGUCUGGGCAUCCAUAUGUCAUCUGGUUUGGUUAGCUAUGUGGCUAAAGUGGGGAGAAGCUGCUCUUUAAGUCAUCCUAAUUCAAGCCUCCGCUAUAAACCACAGAUAGUAAAGUGCAUGAUGAUAAAAGAGCUAUAUUAUAAUGUUUAGUACCUUAUAUCGAAUGAAGAUCUUCACUAAUGGUAUGGCUCAUCUGCUUAGCUUUUGCUUCUGCAUGUGUUUUGCUUAAAAUUCUAAUAAAAUAUCAAAUAUACUUCUGACAUAUCAUAGAUGCUUUUUUGAUGAUGCAUAAAACAUCCAAACAAGAGAAGAGAAUUCUGUUUGAUGGCCAUAUACUCUGCACUUGGAGAUUUUACAGUUUUGAUAUCAAGAGAAAAAAAGUGUUUCUUGACUGAUUUCUGCCCUGUUUUUUUACCUCACUUGAUAUAUAUAGUAUUAAACAUGUAAAUGAUGGUUGUAACGGUUUAUACAGUAAUCCAUGUAGUUUCUGACCGGUGCCAGUGUUAACUGGAAAAACCUUCUUGAAAUUUAUGUAUACUUGUCCUCUGAUCAGUAGCUUAUUUUGACUGGCUCAGUUUUUUUAUCCCACCAUGAACAUAAAAACUGUCUAGUGCAUACUUUACUUGUACAUUCAUGAAACUCAAAUUGUGUAUAGAAUGAAUGUACAUGAGGAUUGUUGGUUUAUGAUAUCCAAAUGAUCUAGAAUUAUAGGGCUCGAUUUUACUGAAUAUUGCUGGGAGAUGAAUCUAUCAGGUCUUUGUUUGGCAUCCUUUGGAGGUGAUGUACCGUCUACUGGGAGAUACCUUAAAGCUAUCAGUCAUUUGAGAGAAUGCCAGCUUUCCUAUCAAUAUUUAGUCUUAUCGGUCCUUUAAUUCCUUAAAUAUUUACUAGCUCGCCAUGUUUAUAAACAUACUUGUAUAUGUUAUCAAAAUAUUCAUAUACUUUAUUAUCAUUAUCAUGUAUAUAGUAUAGUUUUAUAUGGGAAUUUAUGAGGAUUGAUUCUGUUUAUCUGGGCUGCGAUUUCCCUUUCUAACAGCUUGCUUGCUGACUGCUUUGUGCUGCUUUGCUCAUAAACCACCAACCAGGCUUACUUUGCUGCUUCAUUUUCACUCUUAGUAAAAUAUCAAAUAUAGGAAUAGUGUGCUGUCUUUUUCUACAUUCAGGGUUUUAUAAUAGAUUUCCACCACCCAAAGGGUGAUUUCAACAGACCUUCAUCCCCAUGAAUGCUGGAAUGGAUUCAUCUGUUGUACAGCACCUGUAUAUUUGGGUGAUUUCAUUCAGGAUUCUGGGUAUGUCAGGUUGUUUGUGUGUAAAAUCAUGCUUCUAAAAUUGCAGUUGCUUUUCUAAGUAAUGUGGACCAACAAUAAGGGUCACAGGGUAUAUCUAACUACUUGUACCUCUAAAUCUAGUAUUCCACUAUUUCCUUAUAAAUUCAAUCAAAUCUUGUCUUCAUUCCAAUUUUUAUAGUAUUUGCCAAGUAUUUUAACAUUGGAUUUUAGAGAUGCAGUUUACAUUAAGUGGAAAUCAUGGCCUAGAAAAGUGGUUAACUUUAGUUUUUGUCGGAGCAUCAGCCUGUUGAUGAUACAGAAGAUGUCAAGAUUAAUGAGAAUAUGACUUUCUUCUAUAUCUUCAUCAUGUUAGUGAUGGGUAGGGAAAUAUAAUUCAAACUGUGUCAUCUCUGACUGGGUGGCUUGUCAUUGUUCCUUAAUAUCAGUGCGUACUGUCAUCCCUGGCAUGUUUUAAAUCAUGAUUGACAUUGAACUCUAUUGCGAGAUCAUAUAAAUUCACACUGUAUUAGGUGGGCUCAUAUCAAAUUUUGUGUUAUGCUUGUUAAGGGUAUUUGACAAAUCAAGGUGAAAUAUGUCACCAAUCAUUGGGAGUUAGAACAGUAUGCUUAUUUUAACAUCUAAUUUAAAUCAAUUUUACCAAUUGUGACCACAAAAAUUGAGUAGGUUGGGACCAAAUUCUCACAUUGUUUUAUUCAUUUAUUCUUUAUCAGUUUUUGAUGAUUUUACGAGGUUUAUGAUACAAAUUUUAUCACAGAAUUAUUCCAAUCACAAUACAUGUAGGUAUAUGAAUUUUUCAAAAUUUCACAAGGUACUUUGCAAUAUCUCAGAUUCCCUAAGAAAGUGAAAGUUUCCCACCAAUUUAGGAUUAUGUGCAAUAUUUGUUUUAUUGUAACUUUUAGAUGUACCUUUUAGUUGACAAAUCAAUUGAUUAAUUGUCCUGAACGAUUUGGCUCUAAAUGUCUUGAGCAUAUCAUAUCAGCCUAAUCGUGAGUCAGUUAUUUCCAGACAGAUGACGAUUGAGUAGAAAAUAGCUAUAGACUUAUGAUAAUGGCAGCUUCAAAAUAUCAUGUCAAUCAGGUCUUCAAAGCAUAUCUGCAAGAAGAACAGAGUUGGGAUUUAAGAUACCGCUUACUUUAUAAAUCUGAAUUAGUUGUCUGUCAGUUAUCAUCUAGUUGUUUACAGUAGUGUCAUGGGGAGUCUACAGCCAUUAUCAUAGUUAUCAUUGUAGAUCAAAAGAUAUAUGAUACGUGAUUGUGUAAUUUCAACACUAAAACAUUUUGAAUGAGUUAUACGCACAUUAUGCUUUGUGCAUGUUGAAAAUCUUGUUUCAUUCGAAUUCAAGAGACUCAUCAAUUGGUCCUUCAAUGUGACUCUGACCCUGUACCACUUUCAUGAAUACUGUGCAUACCAAUGCUUCAGGCAGACAGGUCGAGUAGGCGCUGCCAGUUACACAAGUUCUGUAGUCCUCCCUUAAGUGAAAGUUCAUUGGCUGGGUCAGGGUCCCUUUUAGGGGCCUCAGUAUAAAUAAACAUAAUAGUGUUGUUAUAAUGCUGGUCAUUUUGUCAGUGAAUGUUUCGUCCCCUCGUUGACUGUAACUGUGAUAAGUCUGCCUUUUAGUGUCGGUGGACCUCAUUGGUAGAUUAUGUAUAGCCACAUUGUAUGUAUCACACACAAUAAAGUGUAUAGGACCAGAUUGUACAUAA